UGAAAAUAAGUAAACAAAAUUAAGUGUUUUUUUUUUGAGGUAAUAAAAGCAAGUGUUUGAAUGCAAAGUGAGUUCCAUAGAACACGAUAAAUUUGAAGACUCAUCUCUAUCUCUCUCCUCGUUCAUUGUCAUAGCGGCUUGUCAUUGCGGCUAGGGUUUUAGAGCCUUGUCACUCAUUUCCUUCUUUCACUUCUCUCUCAUCUUCUUGUCCUCCUUCUAUCCUUUUUCUUUCUUCUCAGUGGAUGUGACAUAUUCUGCCUGAAAACAUUAAUUUUUCAGAUUGUACCGAUCCAAAUUUCCCCAAUGGUAAUACCCAAUAAUUAAUCCAAUUUUUCUUCUGUUGGAUUGGUGGGUUUGUUAGCAUUUGAUUUUCGCUUAAAACCCAAUUUUUAUUCCCCAAAAUGGCAACUAUGAACCCUUUUGAUUUGUUGGGUGACAAUGAUAAUGAUGACCCAUCUCAGCUCUUAGAGUCUGCUUCUGCUCAUCUGCAGAAAACAGCUGCUAAGAAAACUCCUGCUCAAACCCCUCAAAAUCAGCAACAAAAAGCUGCAAAAUUGCCCACCAAACCUCUUCCUCCAGCUCAAGCUGUCCGGGAGUCGAAAAAUGAAACUCAGCGUGGUGGAGGGCGUGGAGGAGGUCGUGGUGGAGGGCGUGGAGGAGGUCGUGGUGGUGGCCGUGGACGUGGGGGAUACUAUAGAGACUACUCUAACAAUGAAAGUGCUUUCAAUAACACCGUGGCACCCGGUGGAGGAGAUGAAGGGGAAAGAGGUUCUGAAAGGCGACCUUUUGGAGGACCUCGUGGCCCUUAUCGUGGUGGUCACCGAGGUGGUUUCAACAAUGAGGAGGGCAGAGAUGGAGAACGCCCACGUAGAACCUAUGAACGCAGAAGUGGGACAGGGCACGGAAGUGAGAUGAAACGUGACGGAUCUGGCCGUGGAAACUGGGGCACUCAAGCUGACGAAGUAGCUCCAGGUACUGAGGAAGCUACGGAAGAUAAUGAAAAGAAUUUGAAUGCUGAGAAUCCUCCGGCUGUAGAAGAUGCUGCUGAUGGCAACAAGGAGGGCCAGCCUGAUGAGACUGAAGAAAAGGAACCCGAAGAGAAGGAGAUGACACUAGAAGAGUAUGAAAAGCUGCGGGAAGAGAAGCGGAAAGCUCUAUUGGCUCUGAAGACCGAGGAACGGAAGGUGGAGGUUGACAAAGAAUUCCAUUCCAUGCAACAACUUUCAAACAAGAAAGAUGAUGAAUCUGUUUUCAUUAAAUUGGGAUCCGACAAGGAUAAAAAGAAGGAGGCAUAUGAAAAGGAGAAGGUGAAGAAGUCUGUGAACAUCAAUGAGUUCCUAAAGCCCGCUGAAGGUGAGAGAUUUGGCGGCCGAGGCAGGGGACGUGGUCGUGGACCAAGGGGUGGCGGUUAUGGUGGCGGAGGCAAUAGGAUGUAUAAUACACCUGCUCUCGCAAUCGAAGAUCCCGGGGAGUUCCCAACUUUAGGUGGCAAGUGAAGCCAUAGCUAAGCUAAACUAAGAACUUUGGUCUAUUUGUGGGGUUUUAACUUGUCUGUCUUUUGAUUUCUAAACUUUUUUGAGUCCAGGAAUGAACUUAUAGCUGUAAGUUUCCUGUAUCAAA